AGAUCGCUUUCAGGGGCAGUUGGCUACGUACCUGGGCCAACCUCAACCAAUAUUUGCUAUCUUCGGAAAUCCUGUCAAAAGCCUCAGGCACAUCCAAGCUAUAUCUACAAGACGAAAUACCCGUGUCGUCAGAACUUAUACCCAGCUCAACCAUCCAAUACGGAAAUUUGAUUAUCGUGCCCAUUCCACCUUCGACCGGACCUUCCAAUUCCAAAGCCAUGUAUCGAAAAAGCUCAGGAGCCGUGGGGUUCUCCUUCAACCGCCUCAUAACAAACGCGUUUCCGAACUUUGCCAACGACAAUCCUGGAGAAGACGCCGAUCUCACGUCAACCCAGAAGGACCUGUUAUGGGUGCAUCAGCUAGGCGCAGCAGAGACCAGGGGAAGGUCGCCAAUGACGCUCGAUGAAGAUAGUGCUUUCAGUGCCGGUAUAACGACGUCCGAGAAAAAUUCAGCUCGCAUCCACAAGGAACUCGUCAAGAACAGAAUCACCGAUCCAGCAGCACCACUGGGAAUCGACACCACUCGUAUCACGCAAAGGUUGCCUCAUGAGCUGGCCUUCGUCAGCAUCCAUGCCCAGCGCAAGACCGUCGGAAUGCUGUUCUUCUGGGAACAGGAAGCCCUUCGAUGGAGAUUGCUGGAUCAGGAGGAGUCCGAGCUCAAGGCGGCCUUGGAGGAUGAGGGGACUUCUGCCGCAUCCAAGCAGGAGUUGAAGGUCAGGCUGGAGGGUGUGAGUAUGAGAAGGGGCAUGAGACCGAGUUCAAGACAGGAGGAAGCGGAAAGCAGUGCGCAUCAAGAAGCACACCCGCCACAGUACUCGUGACGUCCUUCCUCUCCGAGUGGGAUGAGUGAAAGCGGACGAGUCUUCAUUGCUAAUGCAUUUUAGCAUCAAAGCAGGGCAAAGCUCGCAGAGGUAUGAAUCUAGUUUUCUAUGGCUUAAGCUGCACAACGGCAAUCUCUCAAGAGAUAUUCCGUAUGCAAUGAUCUUUUAU